AUGGAAAGUAAUGUACUCAAACAGCUCAUGGACGUUACAGCUAGUGGAGCUUUAGUAGUCCCCAGUAGCAAUCUGCCCGCGCCAGCUGUAAAGCAAAGACCCAAAUCAUGGAGGGAAUGGCCGGGUGGGGAUAUAAUCAUGUCUUGGAAUGUGUUUCGACACCCAGUCUCCAGAUGCGGUCAACAUCGGCAUUGGGAGAUGUAUCGGGACGAGCUGCUACCAUGCCGUGAUGGAGCUACCGAAACACCUGGACUAAGUCCUUCGAUAAAGGCGGAAUUUCUGAGUUCCGAUCCAACGACUGAUCCUUUCGAUUGUGAUCAAGUUAUGUCAGACGAUAUACCGGUGGAUUCUUCGACUCCAGAAUCAGUGGGCCUCGCGGCAUCACUCAUCAGAAACUACGCCGUCAACAUUCACAGCAAGUCCCCCAUUUUGGAUCCUGACUUCCUGAAAGAUUUGGAAGAUCGCCUACUCAAAGAUAGUGAGCUUCAACAUUGGUCAGUGCAGAAAGCGCUGCCAGCAGGACUACAUCCUCCAGACAUGGCAAUCUUGCUGUUGGUACUUGCUUUGGGUGAGGUCUCAGCAAGGACAGCCCCAGAAAAGCAACCGCUUGUGCAAUCCAAUUAUAUUACUCUGGCGCUUCCUUGGCUUGGAGUCACUGCUUACAGUGAUGGCUCACCUAUCAAAGACUUGCAGGCACUGUUACUACUGGCGAGUUAUCAGAUGUGGGCUUUGAAGCCAUGGAAAGCCUGGAGCUAUGUUGAGACAGCAGCUGCCAAAGCUGAAACAAUACUACUAAGGUAUCCCAAUAUUCUAGAGCAGAAACUCAGCCACCGAGUACUCUGGGCCACGGCAAAAAUGCAGCUGGAAUUGACCGAAGAGAUCUAUCCCUACCUUGGACUUUUGAAACCAGGCAGGCUCGGGCGGUUGAUCCAAAGAACUCCAAUUCCGCCACCGCCUCCUCAGCCGUUUGAAUGGCCGAGUAUCGCUGAGACUUCCAGUCGGAGAUUGGUUGAGCGUAUCAAGGCUGAACUUUACGGUAAUGAACCCACUGGGUGCAGUAUAGCCUCCAGCAUAAGCACCAGUUAUCCUUUGGCGUGCGAGUUUGAACGUCAGAUAAACGAGUGGUUAGUCUUAUGA